UGAAGAGCCAUCCAUAUCAACCCUCACCCUCAAUUCUCACGUCAACCCUAUAACUUACUACACAAACAUCCUCCAUAACCAAACCCUCCAAACCGUCUCUUCAGCACAACUCCACCACCUCCUAGAUAUCACCAGAAGAUGUGCGGCCCCACCCGCCCCAGCACCGGCAACCUCAUCGCCAUCAUCUUCCCCUCCCCCGAAAAGUCCUCCUCCUACUCCCUGACCUUCAGCCACGACACGCGCACUCCCGACGGCCCGACGAGGGCGAUCUUCCGAUUCCCCGAUCCCAAGGUCCGGGAUAUCUUUGCCGCUGCCCGGGGGGUGGACUUGCGGAUCGAGUGAGUUGCUUCCAUUCCCCCCUUUCAUGCUGUGGUGGGUUCUUCUCGUCUUCUUUGCGCAGAGCUAAUACUUUUGGCGGUUGGGGAUAGGA